AUGGAAUACCCGUUGGACUUUUUUAAUCAUCAGAAACCUAUUCCACCUAUGAACUUACAUCGAAGUGCAAGAAAACGAACACCGAUGACGUCUAAUCUUGCGGACUGUUCAUUGAGUGGUGGUAGCAUGCAAUCACUUGCUGUUACUAUUGCCAGCGGCACUGAUUAUGCUGAUGAGUAUAUUCAGAAAGAACAAGAUCAAAUGUUUGAGGCAUCAAAGUACUUUCGACCCGAAGAAAACACGUUUGAUCAAAUGUCUAUCGGUACUGAACAGCCUCUAGAUGAAGAGAAAGCCCAGGAAUUGUCGCGUCUCUACAAAACUUACAAUCUAACAUACACACCAAAGGCUAACCUUGCGAUUAAAACAAUACAAGAAAAAAUAGUUGCUGCUGUCGCUGCUGAACCAGUUAUUAUUAUUCAAGGACCUACGGGGUGCGGUAAAACUACCCAAGUCCCUCAAUUUAUCAUGGAUUAUUGCUUUAAACGACAUCUACCCUGUAAUAUAAUAGUAACCCAACCACGCAGAAUUGCCGCCUUAAGUAUUGCCAAAAGAGUUAGCGAGGAACGAGAGUGGCCGGUAGGAUCAAUCGUCGGAUACAAAGUCGGAUUGUCUCACAACGUUUCACAAGAUACACGGCUAACUUACUGUACAACUGGUGUAUUAUUACAAAGAUUAAUCGCAACAAAAACAUUGACUGAUUUUACACACAUCAUAAUCGACGAAAUUCACGAACGUGAUCAAGAUAUGGACUUCUUAUUACUCGUCGUUCGCAAACUAUUAUUCCUAAAUUCUCACAACGUCAAGAUUAUUUUAAUGUCUGCGACUUUUGAUGUAAAGAAAUUUUCUGAUUACUUUGCAUCUUACGUAGGACGCACUUUAACACCAGCCAUAAUUCUCGAUGUUGAGAAGAGAAAUUUUUUUCAAGUUCGAAACUUUUACAUUGAUGAAUUACAAUCAUUGAGGCCAAUACCAGAUGUAGUAUUAUCAGAGCCUCGAGUCACUAAAGAUAUGAUUGAAUUUGCUUGCAGAUUAAUGGGAAUAAUGGAUGAAGUUGAUAGAAAAUCAAAGGCAGAAAGUUUAAAUAAAAAUGAAUCGCGUCGACCAGGAGUUUUAGUCUUUUUACCGGGCAUUCAUGAAAUCGAAGAAAUGCACAGCUUCAUGAAACAUGACAGAUUCUCAGAAUUCAAAUGGGAUAUUGUUGUUCUUCAUUCUUCUAUCACCACCGAAGAACAACAGCGAGUGUUUACACUACCACCCAGAGGAUUUCGUCGAGUUAUUUUGUCAACCAACAUCGCAGAAAGCAGUAUCACUGUUCCUGAUGUCAAGUUUGUCGUUGAUUUUUGUCUAACUAAGCAACUGACGACCGAUCCUAACACAAAUUUCCAGUGUCUUGAACUCACGUGGGCUAGUAAAUCGAACUGCGAACAACGAGCUGGCAGAACUGGGCGUGUAAUGGAUGGACGAGUCUAUCGGCUGGUGCCCAAAGAAUUUUACAAAAAAUUACCAACUGAAAAUCCACCAGAAAUUGUAAAAGCUCCUCUUGAACAAGUUGUCCUACGUUCAAAGAUAAUUGAUUUAGGACCACCCAAAGCUAUACUGGCUCUUGCACUAGAUCCUCCCGAUUUAAGUAAUCUCCAACGCACGAUACUGUUGCUCAAAGAAUCCGGAGGAUUAAUUAGCUUUGAUGGUGAUGAAGAUUUAGAUGGGGAGUUGACAGAUCUUGGACGCAUCAUGGCCUCUCUUCCUAUUGAUAUUCAUAUUGGAAAAAUGAUUGUUCUCGGUCACAUGUUCAGUGUCCUCAGAGAGGCAAUCAUCAUCGGUGCUAGUAUGGCAGUAAAGAACAUGUUCAGCUCUCCCUUCCAACUCAAACUAAAAUCUUACGACGCUAAGUUGAUGUGGUCACAGUACACGAACAGUGAUGCUAUUUCUUUUUUGCACGCUUACAAUGUAUGGAUGCGUGAAAAAUCAUCAGGUCGCAUCAAGACUGAUAAAGAAGAAAAAGAAUGGGCACGUACGAGUUGCUUACAAAUAAGAGUUUUGAGGGAAAUCGAUGCUACUGUAAAAGACAUUACACAGAGAUUGGCAAAAAUCGGGAUUAAAGAGACCUACGGGUCUGGUAAAGUUGAUUUAGAUGGCGAACAACGUUACUUUGUAUUGAAAAUUGUUAUUGCUGGUGGAUUUUACCCACAUUAUUUUAUUACUCAUUCACCACAUGAUGAAACUUCGAAGAUGAAAUUAAUUGGUGGACUUGACCCGUUAAAAACAGUGUACUUACAAGGAUGGCCUUUUGAUCAACCGCCUUUACUUUACGCAAAACGCUUUCAGCACGUUUUUGAAAACUGUUCUAGCUACAGUCCUGAGAGUAUCAAAGUAAACUUCGACAAUUCUAAUCGUAUUUAUGUCACGUUCACUAAAGUAGAAAGGGAUGAAUCAGAAGAUGUCAACAAAAGACUUGAACAAAUUCCUCUUCCUGUUUACCGGGCAAUAAAAAUGCGUUCCGUAGGUCCUCAAAUUGAAAUUCCCGUUCUCAAGCCAGAAGACUCAAUUGCAUUAACUGAAAAAUUGAACAUUCCCAAACAGAAACCGAUGGAUAUAUACUCUAAUGAUCAAGAAGUUACUGAACUUCCAUCAAGUGGAGUACGACCUGUUCUACCAAAAUUAGAUGAAACUGAUUUAGUAAUUUCUGUCUGUCGGUUCGUAGACCCCGGUCAUUUUUGGGCUCACAAUAAAUCCACGCGCACCGUUCAGCACUGUCAAUUCAUAAAGACUUAUAUUAAAGAAAUAGAUCCAGAACAUAAGCUCAACGCUCCUACUUCACCACCUGUUAUCGGAUCUAUCGUACUGGCUCCAUGGAUGUCUAAAACCAAGGAAGUUAGUUAUUGUCGUGCUGAAGUCCAGUCAGUGACAAUGGUCUCGAAGCAGAAUAAAUUUGUUCAAGUAUUCUUCGUAGAUUAUGGGUUCAAUCAACGCAUUGCUCUUGGUGACUUGAGACUUCUCCCCAAUGAAAAUCAGAUUACUGAAUUACCAGCGCUGGCAUUUGAAUGCGUUCUGUCAAAUAUUCAACCUUCUGCUAUGAACAAUUUGACUGGUGGGUGGUCUAAGCAAGCUAUUCAAAACUUCCGUGAUUUGUUGAAAACAUCUAUCGAACAGCGAGGCAAAGUUUAUUCUGUUGUCAACAGCGUUGUGUCUAUGAGUUUAACUUGCAUUACUCAAAAGGGUGACACGAUAGAUGUAGGAAAUUAUUUGAUAAAAAAAGGUCUCGCUGAACAUCAGGAAGAAAAUUUCUUAUCAAAAUCUAAUCAUGAAAUUCGGCAACAAGUCAAAGAACUUACCAUGGACGUCAAAAAUCAUUAUGAACGCUUGCAGUACAAUCAGAACAGUAUUGUUGAAGAUUAUCCUGAACCUCCACCAAAAGAAAAGUGUACAAAUUCUGUAAAAAUGCGUGGACCAUUUUCCCCAUUGGAAGUUGAAAUAUCUAGCUUAACAAAUGCUGGAUCAGGUCGCAAAGUUGUCGUCAGUGAUUCAUCAGUUAAUUCUGUUAUCAUGGACGAUAAUCCAGUUAAUCCUCAUCAACGAUUACUCAUUGCUGGAUCCAUAAAUGAAAGUGCUGUUACACACAAUCUUACACUGUACAACACUACUCUUAUGCCAAGUAUCCCGGGAUUACUUCCUCUUUUGUGUCUGAUUUUUGCGCCACAAAUUGAACUGAGGAGUAAUUCGUUCGGCACUCAGUACAUCGGUGUCCUUUGUGGCUUGGGCUAUCACGAGAAAUCUCAACAUAGUAUUUUCCCCGAGCAUGACAUGCCGAUCCCAUUUGACGUCGAAAUCACGAUGACUGAUUUGCAACUCAUCAAUCAGCUGAGACAUUUGAUGAGUCAAGGUAUUUUCAUUGAUGAAGGUAAUCAGGAACCCGCUGAAACAAUUUUAACAUGCCAGCGUCGUAUCAAUGAAAUUCUCUUUAAGAUAAUUAACCAAAAGCGAAAGCCAGUCAAAUCAGAAGUCGAUUUAUGCCGUUCAGUUUGGUGUCGCUACAAUAAAGAGCUAUUUUUGAAACCUGGACCUUUUGCUGACUCUAAACAAGGAAUAUUUAAACUUCAUUGGGCGUUGGAAUUACAAGAAAAAAAUGAAUUUAAAGAAUCAAUGAUUGAACACUUGACUGAGUUGAAAAAAAUCGCGUCAAUGAGUUACCGUGAUUAUCUUGGUGAACCGAUAGAAUGCAAAUUGUGUAAGCUCAAAGUUUAUGGUGUAUCCAACCUGCGUUUACAUAUUAGUUCUGAUGAACAUUAUGUGCGUGAAAACUCAUUGAAAUAA